AUUAAUUAUUACGCGAUACAGUGUAAAUUUACGAUCUUUACUUUUGGAUCACCACUACCAGUCCCCUAGUUACAAAAAACUAGAAAGAACAUCACCAAGCUCUCAGCGGUUAUCCAUGUUAGUCCUUUCAUAGGUAUUUGCAACAACGAAAGCUAACUUGUUCAUGUGAAUAAUAGGGAGUCUGGAGUUGUCUCUGUAGAACAACAGUUGUGUACAUUGCUUAAAUGCAAGAUGCAUUGUUUUCAUUUUAUACAUGGAGGAAUCCUUCGAUGUAUCCAUGUUGAGAUGUAACAUGCUAGUUUUUGUAGUUAGAGGACUGGUUUGAGAUGUAAUUAAACGACUGGAAACCUCUUUGUAGUUAACCUUUUCUCACUAUUACAGCCAUACAUUUCGAGUUUCAAUCGUGCAGGUUAAUUUUUAUAUUGUUUUUUUGGUGUGCAAUGGAUCUGAACUUUUCAUGAAUGACUCUGCUAGUCUCAAAAAUUCAUGGUUUCAACUUUCAAGUCAGUACUGACUUGCUGUACAGGGUAAGAGAUCUAAUGCGGCCAACGGUUUACAUCUCCAGAGAGGAUCUGGACCAUUUUGCUGACUAAGGAUCUACUGUUCAAAGAUAUGAAUUAGACUUCUUGACUCGCAUGGCAAGUUAAGUGGGACUUCAGUGCUUUUUAGUGGUCACGCGUCAUAUUUUUUGCUUGUCCUUGUGAGUGACCGUGAGAGUGAGAAGAUUUGUUGAGAGAAUGAGAUCUAUGGAGGAUAAAGGGUGUUACAGUCAUGGACCAACUCAGGAGAUUCCAAGUAGUAAAGCAACUAGCUUUGAGUUUCAUAAAGGAAAUGGAGCUAGUCGCGGUGGUCAUCACCGAACAGCUUUAGGCAAACCAACACCGUCAAAAUGGGAUGAUGCACAAAAGUGGUUAGUGGGAUUGUCAAGAGGAGGGGGAGGAGAUAAAAAAGAAAGCCAGCCACGCAACUCAAAUGCCGACGAUAGGAGACUUAUAGCUCCAGUUCCUCAAGUGGAGCAUGACUAUUCAAGUGGAGAAGAUGAAGUUGGAGGAGAAGCAGCAAAUGGGUGUUCUAUUUCUAUCACAAAUCAGUAUGAAGUAGAAACAAAGAAGGUAGAUUGUGAUGAGUCAGUGUGGAGAGUUAAUAAGCCUGCACAGAACUCAACAAUGAGUGCUGUUAGAUCAAUCUGUGUUAGGGACAUGGGGACUGAGAUGACCCCCAUUGCUAGCCAAGAGCCUUCAAGAACAACAACACCUAUUAGAGCUACUACACCAGCGGCGAGGAGCCCUGUAUCUUCAGGAUCUGGCACCCCAGUGAGGGGCCUGAACGGGUUGCCGGGCAAUGAAGGCUAUCAAACAGGUUUAGCAAUGACUGAAAGUAGAGGUGAGGCCAGUUGUGCUCCCAGAGGGGUCAGUGCAACGAGGCAUUACUACGGACACGAAUCCAAUGGUUCUAGGAUACCCGAGAAUAUGGACUCGGAUCAAGCAAGAAAGGUGAGUACUCUAGAAACAAGAGCAAUGGCUUGGGAUGAUGCAGAGCGAGCAAAAUACAUGGCGAGGUAUAAGCGUGAAGAGGUGAAGAUCCAAGCCUGGGAAAAUCAUGAGAAGAGGAAAGCAGAAAUGGAAAUGAGGAAAAUGGAGGUGAAGGCUGAGAGGCUGAAAGCUCGAGCACAAGAACGGUUGGCAAACAAACUGACCUCGACUACGAGAAUAGCUGAAGAGAAGCGUUCAAAUGCGGAGGCCACACUGAAUGAGAAAGCCGUAAAGACUUCUGAAACGGCAGAUUAUAUAAGGAGGACCGGGCACUUGCCCUCUUCAUACUCCUUCAAGUUUCCUUCCCUGUGCUGGUAGCAGCACAGCACUAUGUUUACAUGUAACAUAUGCUAGCAAAUGUGGAUUCAUUUUAUAUGUUAAAUUCUGCGAUUGCAUUCAUGGGGCCUGGUUCCUCUAGUAUAAAAAAACUUGAACUGCCCACCUGGAGUAAUCCUUCUUUACAAUAAUUAGUUGCAUAGAAAAUGGAAAAGCUGAAGACAAUAGUUGAUCAAAUAAUUCAGGAAAGCAGAACAAAUGCCAUCACGCAUUCUGUUUUUUCUUAAAUUUGCUUCCAUGGCUGUUCUAUUUGUAGUUUAAAGCAAGGCUGCAGAGUCCCUUUUCUGCUCGUUUCAAUUUAACAAGCUUACUGUCACCAAUCCCACUUCAACUUCAUAAGAUUCCAUUGGCGUCUAGCUUUGUAUCAGAAUCAGAGGAAAUUAUUUUUAGAAGAAGACUUCUAAACGAUGGUGAACGUUACAUUCUUGUCAUGAAUUCGAUUCUCAACUUCUUCUCUUGA